UGCCAACGGAAGCCGAAAUUCGAUACGAAACGAAAAUGGUUAAAGAAAUUCCCUCGAGUACGGUGGUAAACCGUGAUGAAGAGUGUUUGAAAAAGUCACUGAUGGAGGUUGUGAAAAGCGACUCGAGCAACCUUUGUCGAUUAUGUUUGUCCAAGGAGCAAAAGCUGACGCGUGCAUUUUCCGACGAAAGAGGAAUCGACGAUGCGUUACUGAAGAAAAUCUUCGAUUGCACCACAGUGAAGGUGAAAUUGAAAAACAUUUUCCCCUCCGCCAUAUGCGCGGUGUGUGACUUGAAGCUAAACGAAUUCUACAAGUUUCGAGAAAAAUGCAUCGAAAAUGACACAUUUCUGCACAACCUGCUCGACGAUCGUGUGGCACUGGCGGAAGUCGAUCAGUCAGUGCCCAUCGUGGAGGAGCAGCAAAGUCGGACAACAUCGAAGGGAAGUGAAAGUGCCGAGCAGCAGGCUGCAACAUCGACCACAUCCAUCCCGGAGGCACAACAGCAGCAGCACAAUGGUAGCGAAAUGAUGGCGAUUGCGUUGAAUCAGUUGUCUUCGUUCGGUUUGCGACCCUUGCAGGAUCUGAUGUUGGAGACGAAUGGAGGUGCAUUGGAGGCCGUGCAGUCACUGCUUCCCAGCACCGGUGGGAAUGUCGUUUCGUCGUCUUCUGCUCCAUCGCAGCCGCACGAUACACCUGUUGCCCCGUCAUUGAUCUCCUCGAUCGAUUUUGUAUCGCAGAAAAAGCGACAAAUGGAUGAAGAACGCACCUUCGCACUGGCAACACUGGAAAUGGCUGGCCUGCAGCAGGCAAUGCGCAACAAUGCGGAAGCUGGUGGAAAGUUCAAGUGUACGGUGUGUCAUCGAACGUUCCGCAAUGCUUACACACUGCGACGGCACAUGAACUUGCACACCGAAACGAACCUCUUUCCUUGCGAGUACUGUGGCAAAAAGUUUAACGAUCGUUCGAACUGGAAGAUCCACCAGCGAACACACACCGGCGACAACCUGUACACCUGUCUCGUUUGCCUAAAGACGUUCAUCUCUCCCUCGACGCUCAAGUACCAUCGAAGGUCGCACAGACGGCUAGAAUCGUUCGAUUGUCGCCUUUGUCCAGGCACAUUCGCCACCUACGAUCUGCUGGAGGAGCACGCACGCAACAUGCACCAGGACAUGCAAGAUCUACAGUCGGAAGAACCUAUGAUCGAUGCCGCAAGUUUCGUAAAGAUCGAACUGGAGGAUGGUGAACUAUCAAGCUCGGUCGCAGUAGCCGAUGUGUCUAGCACGCGGUUACAACGCAACGCAAACAACGACGACUCUCAUGACAACCGUGAUCGACGAUCAAUCGACAGCAGUAGCGUUGAUGAAGCGCAACUUGCGGAACUCUAUCGAACGCAACAGAUGUUGGAGCUUUUCGAAAAGCAGUUCCGGACCGCAGCUGUGACAAACGAGACUGAACUGGGUGUAGAAAAGCCGACGCAUAGGUUGGCUGAAGAGGAGAACGAAAGCCAGGAAGUAUCGGCCAUUAGGCGAGAAAUGUUGAAGGGAAUGCAUCAUCAGCAGCAGGACGUUGAGGUGAAGGAAGAACCGCUCGAUGAUUCGUUGGAGCUGGAUCCAAGCGAACUGUUGCAGCAAGCGAUGGAAGAAACGGCCGACGUCCAUGAUGAUAGUGAAGGUGGUGAGAAACAGUACUCAUCGUCCUCCAGUGAAUCUUCGUCCUCUUCGGCGGUAAUACUGUUUCGGUGCGACUACUGUAUGAAAAUAUUCCAUUUCCUGGAUGAACUGAACGCGCACAUGCUACUACACAAUGGCGCCAAGGCUGAGAAUGGUGCUGUUAUGCUUGGUUCGGCUAGCACAACUUCCUCCACAACAUCUGGUGGAGUAGCUUCCACUGCCUCCUCCAUCACGCCACAGUCCGUCGACUCAAUGGCACUGCUAGCUUUGAUGGGACCGGGAGAACCUAUUCCCCUAGCACCGAAGGACGGUGGGAAAGAGUCCAAACCACCUCGCAAACCCAAAAAAAGACGCACUGUUCUCGGUCCAACAGGAGAAACCGAUCGAUUGCAGGAGGAUGCAGUGAACGGUGAAACCCUUGCACCAACAUCGCCUCCCGAGCAUCCUUGCUCAAAGUGCCCAAAAAUGUUUCGUACGGAGGAGCUGAAGCGCGUUCAUGAAGCGACGCAUGCCGAUGACGAACAGGCAAACAAGGUGCGUAGCUGCCGUAUAUGCAACAAGCUGUUUAAAUGUGAACUAAAUCUGCUUGCGCACAUGCGAAAACAUUCGCUCACCGUGCUACAAGGUUCAGUUCCGCCAGACGGUGAACCGGCCGGUGAUAGCAGUGGAAAUGAAGAGUCCUGUUCCUCAUCCUCGCACACCGGCGGUAUAAAUUCUUCUUCGUUACAAGACCCUACCCAACACACUGCUGCUCCCGCUGCGGAUGAUAGUGACGAGGGUGAACCGGGGGCCCAAACGUCGGACUUAGCAUCGUCUGAAAGUGGUACCGAAACGGCAGUCGGAUCCGGCGAUUCAGCAACGGCAUAUCUGUCCCGUAAUGCCUUUCGAAAGUGUGAAAUAUGUGCCAUCACGUUUAAAGAUUCGGUAACGCUCGACAAACACAUGAUGUGUCACUUUGAGCGCAAGGAGGCGAUCGCAUUUGUGCCGCAAACGGAUCGUCCCUUUCAGUGUACCGAGUGUCACAAAAGCUUCAAGCGAAAGGAUUAUCUGCUUAUACACAUACGCACACACACGGGCGAACGGCGCUACAAGUGCGAUCUGUGCUCGAGCGCUUUCGUCCACCCGUCGAAUCUGAUCACGCACAGGAAGCUGCACUCGAGUGAACGACCCUACCAAUGUACGCUGUGUGGGGCAACGUUCAAACUGUUUGCUGGGUUGAAAAUUCAUCGAAGGCGCUGUGAGCAGAAGCUACCGAAGAGUUGGUCUGAUAGUGUGGCUGCGGCUAAUUUUAGCACGGGCCCACCACACGAGCUAUCCGAUACGGCAGCAGAAUCAACACUGCCAAGCGACAACGUGCACUAUCCAUUCUGA